AUGGCGCCGCCAGGUCCGGGACGUGCAAUCAACAACGCCAGGCCGCAGACGCCCACCCCUUCGACCGCCUCGAGUCCAUCUCUCAGAUCGAAAACCCCGGUGAGCGUCCCCAUGACACCGGUCAGUAGCAGCAUGAACCCAGGUGGGAAUGUAAAGGUCGUGGUCAGAGUCAGAGGAUUUCUGCCUCGCGAAAUCGACAGAGGCGCUCAGUGUCUGAUAGAGAUGAACCCGAACACUCAAUCAACCAAGCUUCUCGUACCCCCAUCGACCGACCCUGCGAAUGCCCGCGCUCAGACUCGAAAAAUCCUCGAAGAGAAGAACUUUACUUUCGACCGAUCAUUCUGGUCACAUAACACCAGUGAUAAACACUACGCUACACAAGAGGAUGUCUACAACUCUUUGGGCGAAGAGUUUCUGGACCACAACUUCGAAGGUUACCAUACUUGCAUUUUCGCCUACGGUCAGACUGGUUCCGGGAAGAGUUACACCAUGAUGGGUACUCCAGAUCAACCAGGCUUGAUCCCGCGUACCUGUGAGGACUUAUUUCAACGGAUAGAGUCGAACGAAAGCCCCCAUAUUAGCUACAGUGUGCGCGUGUCAUAUUUCGAGGUAUACAACGAACAUGUCAGAGAUCUUUUCCAGCCUCGGACUGAUCCACCUCAAUAUCUCAAAAUCCGAGAGUCACCCACUGAGGGACCCUACGUGAAGGACCUGACGGAACUUCAGGUCAAGAACUACACCGAGAUUCUGAAAUACAUGCGCAUGGGUGACAGUUCAAGGACAACUGCGUCGACGAAGAUGAACGACACCUCGUCACGGUCCCACGCUGUCUUCACAAUCAUGCUCAAACAGAUCCACCACGACUAUCACAACGACGAAACCACUGAAAGGCUGGCGCGCAUUCGUCUGGUUGAUCUGGCAGGAUCCGAACGUGCAAAAGCAACGGAAGCUACGGGACAGCGGCUGCGAGAAGGUGGAAAUAUCAACAAAUCUUUGACUACACUUGGAAGAGUUAUUGCUGCGUUGGCUGAUCCCAAACAUGCUCGAAUGCACAAUAACAAGAGGACGAAUCGUGACGUUGUGCCUUAUCGCGAUUCCAUUUUGACGUGGUUGUUGAAGGAUUCACUGGGCGGCAACUCCAAAACUGCCAUGAUUGCGUGCAUUGCGCCGUCCGACUACGACGAGACCCUUUCGACUCUACGAUAUGCCGACCAGGCCAAGCACAUCCGUACCAAAGCCAUUGUUAACCAGGACCAUGUUUCCUCGGCGGAGAAAGACGCCCAAAUCUCGGAGAUGCAAGAGACAAUUCGAACUCUGCGGUGGACCCUUAGUCAGCAACAACAGAAUGGUAGUACCUCUGUGAUGAAGGCGGUGCAGGAAAGCGCAGAUGCUCAGUCGGAGAAGAUCCGUGAACUCACGACCAAGUACGAGAACAUGCUGCAGAUCAUGGAAGAAAAGGUCGCAAUCUCGGAAUCCAAAGUCCGUCAGCUGGAGGAGGAGAAGGAGGCCAUGAGUAUCCAUCUCUCGCUUGUGCUCGACGAGCUGAGGAACCCGAUAGUGAUCAACAAGGAGGUUGAAUCUUCUGGCGAGAGAUCUAGAGUGCCAACACCCGAUAUGAUCUAUGAAGACGACACCGCUUCAAGUGAUGAGAUUGACACCGAGUCUGACUGGGAAGACGAGAGGGCCGAGAUUGAGGCCGAUGCCCACGCGCUCCUUACACAACUGGCCAACUUCAAGAAGAAGCUCGCUACUGAUAUGCAAGAAUUUGGUAUUGCUGCAUAG